AUGUUACAAGUCGUGCCGGGCUCUUUGGAUACCGCACCAUGCGCGUUUCCAACAGAAAAUCUCCCCGGGCGGGGAUUCCAAUCCAUCCCACUUGACCUGUCCAGCUCUGGUGCGAUUGCCAGCGAAGUGCUACUUCGAUCAUGGGCGGUCGUGCUGCGAUACUAUGUGGGCAGCGACAUGAUCGCAUUUGGUAGGAUUGAUGACACCGAUCCUGCAUCACAAUUCGCUGUUUGUCACGGUGACAUACCUGCCACUGCUACACUUGAAGAACUAAAAGCUUCAUCACUUUCCGGCAACCCGAAUAGCUUGCCUCUGUCGGAAUGGAUCGCCUCAAAUACUUUCAAUACCAUCGUGUGGAAUGGCACGAGUUUCCCUCUCGAGAAGCUGGAGACGACAUCGUGCUCUCUGGCUCUAUUAGUCUCCGAUACCCCCUCGUUAGCCUUCGCCUCCCAUGCGAUUGGCGAAAAUGUAGCCGCCGCGGUGGCCGAAGGCGUGGCUCAUGUGGCCGAUAUAAUUACGAACCAACCCCAAACCACAAUCGGCGCUGUAGAUCUCUUCGGGGCUGUGUCAUGGUCCCAGCUCCAGGAAUGGAACUCGACUGUUCCCAAUAUGAUCGAGGUGUGCAUGCAUGAUCUUAUCGAUACACAGGCUAAAUCACGCCCCGAUUCCACGGCGCUGGACUGUUGGGAUGGCUCCGUAUCAUACGCGCAACUGGUAGACUAUACCUCCCGACUCGGAAGCUUUUUGGUCACACAGAAUGUCGGACCUGAGGUCUUUGUGCCGGUUUGUUUCGACAAAUCCCUUUGGGCGGUAGUCUCAAUGAUAGGUGUCAUGAAGGCCGGUGGUGCGUUCGUAUGCAUUGACCCGGCACAGCCAGUAGACCGACUCGAGACCAUUAUCAGCGAAGUGAAUGCCCAGGUGGCGCUAGGUGCUCCAGCCUAUCGUGAGGCACUGGCCGGUCUGGUGCCAAAUGCCAUUGCGAUUGAUGCGGACUUCAUUCUCAGUCUCCCACCUUCCACCGAACUACCUCGUGUAUUACCGAAAGAUGCUGCAUUUGCUAUCUUCACCUCCGGCAGCACGGGCAAGCCGAAAGGUAUUGUGCAUGAGCAUCGCACGAUGUGUUCCAGUGCCAGACGACAUGCUGCGGCCUUGAACAUCAACAGUACCACCCGAACCUUCCAAUUCGCCGCAUAUACUUUCAUCGUCAACACAUUUGAGCUCUUCACGCCCCUUGUGGAAGGUGGGUGUGUUUGUGUCCCCUCCAAGGAAGAUCGGCUGGGGCGCACCACCGGCGCAAUGCGUGAUUUGAACGCGAAUUGGGCUUGCUUAACCCCAUCCUUCCUGCGUUCAAUCAAACCCGAAGAUGUCCCACAACUCAAAACUCUUCUUUUGGCCGGAGAGCCUGUUCAACAAGAUAACUUGGAUACAUGGCGUCAUCGAGUGAAGAUGCUGAACAUGUAUGGCGCUUCGGAGGCCUCUAUCUGCGUUGCUGGUGACUUGUCAGGGCCAGUUGGGCGCUCUACCAUUGGAGUCGGAGCUGGCUGUACAACCUGGGUUGUGGAUCCAAUUGACCAUGAUCGAUUGGCCCCUCUUGGAGCAAUUGGCGAGUUGGUCAUUGAGGGACCCAUCCUCGCUCGCGAGUACAUCCACCAGCCCGAGAAGACAGCUGAGGUUUUCAUUUCCAACACCCCAUGGAUGGAAGAGAUCCGUGGUGCUCUCCCAUCGCGCGCCUAUAAAACCGGAGAUUUGGUUCGGUAUGGAACUGAUGGCCGCAUCAACUUGGUGGGACGCAAGGAUAUGCAGAUCAAGCUCAGAGGUCAACGUGUCGAGCUCGAAGAAGUGGAGUUCCACCUACGCCAGUUGAUUCCGCGGGGAACUGAGGUGGCCGUCGGUCUGGUGAAGCCCGUCGACCAGCCCGAUCGCCCCAUGCUUGCCAUCUUUGCCUCUCUGACUAAGGCCUUCGGCGAAAACUUCUCUCCCGUCAACGAGGAUCUUGCCGCAGAUAUUGAGUCUCGCAUGGCGGGUUGGAAAGACAAAUUGGGAGACUCUGUUCCAGGGUACAUGGUUCCUUCAACAGUCGUCAAGCUCAAUCAUAUGCCCCUGACCGCGUCCGGGAAGACAAACCGCAAAGCUAUUGGAGACUUUGCUUGCACACUCACAAUCGCUGCGUUGACAGGAGCUGCAAAGAAAGAGCACAAGGAGCCUGCCACAGCUACCGGCAAGGUGUUGCGCGGCAUUUGGGCAGAUGUCCUGAGUUUGAAGGAAGAGUCUAUCUCUAGCGAUGACAGUUUCCUUCAACUUGGAGGAAACUCAAUCGAUGCAAUGAAACUAGUCAAUUUGACCCGUGAUGUGCAACUCGGGCUCUCCGUCGCCAAAAUCUUCACCUAUCCGGUGUUAGAUGAGAUGGCAGAUGCUUGCACGAAAGUUAUUGUCCAAUCCUUCGAAGACGUUCCCUUUGGUCUGAUUACUGGCAAAACUGAUAGCCUCAUUCAAGAGGCUGCUUUGCAAUGCCAAGUUGGUCCGUUGGCGAUUGAGGACCUUUACCCCUGUACCGCCAUGCAGGAGGGUCUGAUGGCACUUUCGGACAGUCGUGAGGGAGCCUACGUGGCUCAGCAUAGUCUGUCACUGGGUCCUUCCAUCGACCUCAAUCGUUUCAAAAAGGCCUGCCAAAAGGUAGUCGAUGCCCAUCCAAUCCUUCGCACCUGUAUCGUCUAUCCAGAGCAAUCCAGGGCCCUUCAAGCCGUCGUGCAAGGCGAGAUUGAAUGGCACACUGCUGAAGAUCUGGAGACCUACGCCAAGGAAGACAAGGCUCGCCCAAUGUGCGCAGGCCAACUUCUGACUCGAUAUGGCCUUGUGCCUGAUGGCGAGGGAUGGACUUUUGUCUGGACCGUCCACCAUGCCGUCUACGAUGCUUGGACCCUUGAAUUGACGUUCGAUCGCCUGGACAAAGCGUACAAGGGCCACCCUCUCGAGCGGGAUACCACAUUCAAGGAAUUCAUCCAGCACAUGGUCACCACCGAUGAGAGUGAGUCGGACAAUUUCUGGCGCGAAUAUCUUGCCGGUGCUACCCGAAAUGAGUUCCCCUCAGCUGUCUCUACAUCCAAGCAGCCCGUUGCGGACUCUUCAGUGAAAUACAGCAUGUCACUGAUAAGAACUGACGGCCUGUCCGGUAUCACGGUCGCUUCGAUGAUACGUGCUGCCUGGGGAAUCCUCAUCGGCUCUCACUCUGAAUCAGAUGACGUCGUCUUCGGUGGCAUUGUAUCUGGCCGCAACGCACCCAUUGCCAACGCAGACAAGCUCUUUGGACCCGGUAUUGCCGCCGUCCCUGUUCGUGUCAAGUUCCCUGACAAUGACACACUGACGAUUCGCGAGUUCAUUGGCGAUGUGCAGGAUCAAUCUACAAAGAUGAUCUCAUUCGAACAAGCUGGCCUACAGAACAUUCGACGUGUGAGCUCAGAUGCCACAGCAGCUUGUGAUUUCCAAACUCUCUUGGUUGUGCAGCCUCAUAAGGAGAAGCACCUCUCGACAGAGGAGAUUGACCUGCGAGCUGCGUCCGAGGCUGAUGCCAACUUUGGUACAUAUGCUCUCACUCUCGAGUGCAGCCUCAAAUCCGAUGGCGUCGUGUGCUCUGCUCACUAUGAUUCAAGCUUAGUUUCGAAGGAAUCAGUUGAGCGGAUCCUUGGCCAGCUGGAAAACCUACUUCACCAGAUGUGUUCUUCCUCUGCUGACAAGAAGUUGAACGAGCUUAUCUUCAUCAGUUCCAAGGAUCAAGAGAGCAUUCGUGGCUGGAACCGGCAUAUUCCAAAGCCGAUCCACAAAACCAUCCACCAAAUGAUUGCUGAGCGGAUUGCUGAGCGCCCAGACCACGAAGCGGUUUGCUCUUGGGAUGGUUCUCUCACAUAUGCUGAGCUGGAUCAACAUGCUUCUCGUCUUGCACGACGCCUUGCUCAAUUGGAUGUGCAACCUGAGAGCUUCGUGCCGUGUUGUUUUGAGAAAAGCACUUGGGCCAUCCCAGCCAUGCUAGGAGUACUACGUGCCGGAGGCGCAUUCCUCAAUCUUGAUCCUUCUCAGCCUGCCAAUCGAAUUCAGCUCAUGAUUAGGAAGCUCAAAUCAAAGACCAUCGUCUGCUCUCCUAGCCAGUAUGAUCUGUGUCGCAGCAUGGGCGAGGAAUACAACAUCGUCGUCUUUGACACUCAAUCCCCCGAGGAAUCACUCCCGGAUAUGCCUCCUGUCGAUGUGAAACCUGAGAAUGCUGCCUAUGUCAUCUUUACUUCAGGAAGUACCGGAGAACCCAAGGGUACUAUCAUCCAGCACGGCCACUACGCCAUCGGAUCAGUGACACAUGCACCGGCUAUGUUGAUUGACGGUAAUACUCGAGCCCUACAAUUCGCAUCCUUCACCUUCGAUGCCAGCUUGGUUGAAACAAUCACUAUCCUGAUCACCGGUGGUUGUAUCUGCGUCGCAUCUGAAGAACAACGCAAGCGUGAUGUUGCUGAAGCAGUUCGUGCGACACGAGCCAACUGGGCAGCUCUCACGCCCUCGUUCGUGAACCUUCUCAGCCCCGAUGAUGUCCCAUCAAUCAAGGUGCUUAUCUUGGCCGGAGAGGCUAUGUCUCAAUCGCACAUUGACACUUGGGGGAAACGAUUGCGACUGGUGAAUGGAUAUGGUCCCUCGGAAUGCUGCGUCGCAUCUACCUCUACUAUCGACGUUGUGCCAGGUGUAAGCCCGCGAAACAUUGGAUUCACGUGUUCGGGUGCCUCGUGGGUUGUGAUGCCCACCAAUCAUCACCGCUUGAUGCCUGUCGGCAGCGUCGGAGAGUUGGUUCUCGAGGGCUGGAACGUUGGUCGCGGAUACUUGGAUGAGCCGGCCAAGACAGAGGCCGCGUUCGUUGAGAACCCACUGUGGAUGGACCUGGGUGACGAGAUGAGAGCCCCUGUUGUCUACAAAACAGGCGAUCUGGUACGGUACAAUGCCGAUGGGUCGCUGGACUUCCAGCGUCGCAAGGACACCCAGGUCAAGCUGCGCGGUCAGCGUGUCGAACUCGGAGAGAUCGAGUAUCGCAUCACCCAAAGUCUCCCCAACAAACCUCACGCUGUGGUCGAUAUUGUCUGUCCCAAAGAUGCCCCUGAUCAGCCCCGCUUGGUGGCGUUCAUCCAAGUUCCUGCUUCAGAGGCUCGCCGAAAACCAACAUCCAUCUUCAUGCUAAACCAGCCGGAGUCCAUGAUCCCCGAACCAAACGAACGACAUGUAUCGUCUCUUUCAGGUCUUGAAGACCGCCUCUCGGAUUUCCUCCCCAUGCACAUGAUCCCCAGUGCCUAUAUUCCAGUUUACCACAUCCCCAAAAUGCCCUCUGGCAAAGCAGACCGCAAAACCCUGAUUCGCAUUGAUCACCAUGCAGGAAUUGUGGGGGAGACUCUCAAGAUGCCUGCUGCUCAAAUCAAUCUGAAUGACAACUUCCUACGAUUGGGUGGCGACUCAAUUACGGCCAUGCGGUUGGCUUCGGCGGCGCGUGCCAAGGGGAUCCCAUUGUCGACAGCUACCAUCUUCCAGCAUCCCACUUUGGAGGCUAUCAGUGCCGUGGCUGAGACUCUGUCGCACCAGCAACGGCCCCAGAGCUUUGAGCCCUUCUCCACCCUCAAGUCCAUCCCCAAGGAUCAACUCAUUGACGAUAUCAUCAUCCCUCAGCUUGGUGUGCCGGCUUUCCAGAUUCAGGAUGCUCUGGAAUCCACAGAUUUCCAGUCUCUUGCUAUCAACGGUGGUCUGAACCAGACCCGUGGAUGGAGCAACUAUCUGAUCUUCGAUUUUGAAGGACCUAUUGAUCUUCGCCGACUGCAGGUUGCCUGCGAACAACUUGUCGCCCAUCACGCCGUUCUUCGCACUGUGUUCUUGUCAACUGGCUCGGAGCUGAUCCAGGUCAUCCUCCGCUCGGUUGCUCCCGAGUACAGCAUUCACAUCCAGGAUGAGGAAGACCCAACCGAGUCUCUCAUCCGUGAAGACCUUGCCCGCCCACCCCAUCUGGGUGAGGCUAUUGUGCGGUUCAUGCUUGUCAAGGAUGAUGCUACCCAUCACCGAUUGAUCAUGCGCAUCUCUCACGCCCAGUACGAUGGUAGCUCGAUGCCCCACCUGAUGCAUGACUUGCGGGUUGCCUACCGAGGCGAGGAAUUGCCCAAGCGGGCCCAGUUCUCUGACUUCGUCCGCACGCAACUGCACACGAGUGACGGCUCCAAGAGCUUCUAUAAGGAUAUGCUUUCCGGCUCUCAGAUGACAUCUGUUGUCUCGCACACCAAGUCUUCUGUCACAAACGUGCUCAACACCAUGCUGGCUGAGAUGGUGCCCUUAGUGGCGUUCAAAGACCAUGGAAUCACAGCUGCCACAGUUGUGAAGGCCGCUUGGGCUCUUGUGCUUGCGGACAUGGCGGCCACCGCCGAUGUGGUGUAUGGACACAUGGUGUCUGGGCGAAACCUGCCACUUGACGGCGUGGAGUCAAUGAUGGGACCAUGCCUGAACAUCGUGCCAGUGCGAGCAAACAUGAAUUCGAUGCACACCAUUCUUGAUCUUCUGCGUCACAUUCAGCAGCAACAGACGGACACGAUCCCCCACGAAAGCCUGGGCUUCCAACAAAUCAUCGAUCAAUGCACUGAUUGGACCCCGGCGACAAGAUUCAGCUCAGUGUUCCAAUACCAGGACUUUGGAGGUGAGGAGGCCGCUCCCGGUCAGCCUGUGUCUUUCGAAAGUGUCCUCAAGUGCACACCUGGCUUCGUUUGCCCGGCUCCCGACGCCUGUGACAUGUCUCUUCUGGCCACACCUGUGGGUGAGCAGAUUCGCGUUGAGAUGAUAUUCUCGAACCACUCCGUUUCGCGCGAAUUUGCCGAGGUCAUGCUGAAGACACUUUCUGCUAAGCUCGAGUUGAUCUCCCGCGACGCCCAAGCCCCGCUGGCGACACGCGAGAUGGGCCUACAGCAGCCUCAGAUUCCCCUUCCCGAGCCCGGUAGCAAGAACGACAAUCAAAGUAAUGGACUCAACAGUGUUCUCAAUGCUGUUGUGAAUGGACUUGGCUCGCACUCCAACGAUGUCAACGGUGCGAAUGAAGAGGAUGCUCAUGCUGAUCGAAAGAUCGAUCUUUUGGCGUCAGUGCGCAUCAACUAA